AUGUUCGCUGACCUCCGCUCCAAGCUCAGCCCCCCGACAGGCCGCCAUGGACCUCUGAGGAUGAACUACGGGGACCACAAGGAUGUGGACGCCAGCGCCCACUUCAGCUUCUGCCGGAACCUCCUGGAGCACACGGUGUCGGCUGAGAACCUGCACUUGCGGCUGCAGCGGAAUACGGGCAGCAGCCUCACCUGGCACGAUGGCCGGAGCCAGCGAGCAGCGGGAGGGAGGACCGUCAAGCUUCUGCAGCAGCCAGGCACUGAAGGGGCCCAGGGCCGGUAUUACGAGCAGUAUGGCCUCUACCACACCAGUCCCACCUUGGGCAGCUUGACCAAGCCCGUCGUGCUCUGGAGCCAGCAGGACGUGUGCAAGUGGCUCAAGAAGCACUGUCCCCACAACUAUCUUGUCUACGUAGAGGCCUUUGCCCACCACGCCAUCACAGGUCGGGCGCUGCUGCGGCUGAACGCAGAGAAGCUGCAGCGGAUGGGGAUCUCCCAGGAGUCUCAGAGGCAGGAGGUUCUCCAGCAGGUGCUCCAGCUGCAGGUGCGGGAGGAGGUGCGCAACCUUCAGCUGCUCAGCCAGGCUUCCUUCGGCAACGUCUCCUAGCCAAUCUGGCCGAUGGGCAAGAGCCCAGCACUGUGACCCUGUGGCCUGGGAAGGACAGUGGACCACCAGCAUGGAACUCCAAACCGCAUGCUCGAGACCAGAACAGGUGGCUCCCUCAACCCCACGCCCCUCUACCUCCCCCCUCGGACUUAUUUAAGGAACAUGUUUCCUGGGAGAGACAGCAGGCAUGGUUGGUGUUUGAAAACACACUAUAGAAGCUGGACGGAGGCCAGGAGGCAGGGGUCUCGGAGUGGGCAGCCUGUGGCCAUGGCCAUACCUGUCAGUGGGAUUGGCCAACAGCCACUGGUCAGAGUCCCGCCACCCAGCCUGGGGCCACGGAUGGAUGACCAUGAAGAUUCAGAGGUGCUUGGGUUCAAGUGAGGCCUGUAGAGUCCACCUGGGAAGUGAUGGCCCUGGGGAUUUCCUGGUGCUGCUCUCCUCUUCCCCGGCUCAGCUUCCCUGGGAAAUUCACCAGAUCCAUGGCCCUGGUGCACCCACUCAGCCAACCUCAGAAACCAAGCCAGGAUGGAUGGAUGAAGGAGGACUAGGAGGAAGGGGAGCCGUAUGGGGCAAUGCCAGGAGAUUUCCUGGGGUCUCCUGGGCUGGUCCUGGUACCAGACUGGGACUCAGGAUCCAGCGUGUGGCCCCCCAGCGUCCGAGGCCUAAAAUCCAGCUCUGGGCCGGGCCUCUGGGGCUUCCACAUCAACAGUAUCACCAAUGUGGCCAAGAGACCAUGGGGUCAAAGAUCAGAUGCCCCCUGGCAUUCUCCUUCUUCUUUCCUUCCCCUCACUUCCCUUAAGGAGGAUCUGAUCUCUUGGCUCUCUCUGAUCUUCGGAUUUGCUGUGGAUCCAACAGGGCUGUUGUGGGCAGGGCAGGUGACAUGCGUUAACUUCCUCCCUGUCAGCCCCACUAGUUCAACAUUUUCUUUGAGAUGUUGUUUAUUUAUUUAUUUGUACUCUUUUGGUGUUUGUCUUUUCCCUUAUGUUCUUUCCCAGUUCCUCUCCCUUCUGUAUACCUCCUCCUCUCCCUCCACCAGCCUUGCUCCUAUACUUAUUCUGCAAAGCCACGGGUCCCUCCUGGCCAGGAACAGGGGCCCUGCAGGUUAAAUAGAGAGAUCACCCAGGUGAGGAGGAAGGGGGCAAGGAGUAGAGCAAAGAGGGUCUUGGAGAUCAAUCUCUCAUGUCCCUUCCCGCCCCCCAUCCUGUGAGGGCCUGGUCCCCACAUCCCUUCCCCUAUCUUCCUGCCUCCUUUCCUUUCCCCUCCAUCCUCUCGCCCACCUUGUCCCCUUCCUGGACCCUCCCAUUUCCUUGGCAUUGAGAAGAGUGAUGCUGUCUACUCUCUUCAUUCUUCCUCCCCAUUGCCUGUGGAGGCUACUACUACUCUGCUUUCUCCCUACUCCGCUCCCUCAGUGUUCUUAGUAAACGUAACCCCUGGACAAUCCUCAACCUGGAUUCCCAUGGUUAGGGGGCUUAUAAAAUGACCCCAACUGAGUCAGUCUAUCUGGGAAUCUGUCUGUCUGUCUGACUAUGUGUACCUUCACUUUCCUGUGAUAUAAGCCAGUAGCAUUUCCCAUGUUGCACUUCACUUGUGGGCAUCAGGCCCUUCUGCUAAACCCAGGUUGUUUAUCUCCCCCGGACGUUGUAAACCUCCGGCAACCAGGCAUCGUGAGCUUGAGUGCUUUGCCUUGUAGAACUGCUUGGUUUUGUAAUGCUUUUUAAACUCCCCUCCCAUUUCCACUGUCAAGACCCAGACCCCUACAGGAGACGCCUGCAGCCAUGGGCAGUCUCACCCCCAGCCCCCCGAUUCUUCCAUCCCCCAAACCAGAGCAAACAGGCAGUGAGGGUGAAGGGAUGGAGACAGCCCCGACAGGAGGUAGACAGAGCGUUGAGGCUGCCUCCCUUGGACUGGGUAUCAGAGAGGACAGGGGGGUCUCAAGUGUGUGGAGUGGGGAUGAAGGCGGGGAGGGGGAAGGGGAGAAAAGGAAGAGAAAGGGUCAGGGGACCAUGCAGAGAUUGGAAAGUCAAGUUCACAGAUCAUGGAAGCUGCUGCUCCGCCUUCUUGGGCUCUUUGGGAUACCGUUUCUGGGAACUCUGGAACCAGUCUUCUCAGAGUGGAUGGAAGGGGGUGGGAUCUGUCAGAUGCUCUCUGCAUGAAGUCAGUAUUUUAGGGGAGGGCAGUCAACUGGGCCAAAUCUCCAUGGACUAGUCAGGGGUAAAACUGGUCGGAGAGAUUUCUAAGGGUGGGGGUCACCCUUCCCCAACCCUUCGAGGGGAGCCUGAGAGGCCUCGGUUUAGGGAACUAUGACUGGGAGAAGCUGGGUCUGGGAUCCCCAUGUAACCCCUUCUGCAAUAGAUCUGGUGUGGCUGCUUCCCUUGCUCCUCAGAGAGUUCCAGAGCAGGAAGCGUUGAGGACCCAGGCCCAUUUGCCAAGGAAGAUAGAAAGCCAAGCCAAGGAAGUUAAACCUGGUCCUGACCUGAUCUUCCCUUUUAUCUUCCUCCUCCUCCCCUAAACUCGACCAAGCCCCCCCCCC